AUGGCGGCCAGCGAGGUUGAUGUCUUCGCGAAUGAAGAAAAGCGAACUCUGGAGCUCAGUGGCCAUGUGGGGUUUGACAGCCUUCCAGAUCAGCUGGUCAGCAAAGCGGCUGCACAGGGAUUCUGCUUCAACAUCCUCUGUGUGGGCGAGACCGGGAUUGGCAAGUCCACACUGAUGAACACUCUUUUCAAUACAACAUUUGAAAAUGAGGAGGCCAGCCACUAUGAGCAAAAGGUGCAGCUGCGCCAGCACGGGUACGAACUGCGGGAGAGCAACGUCAACCUCAAGCUGAGUGUUGUGCACACUGUAGGGUUUGGAGACCAGAUCAACAAAGAACUAAGCUACAAACCCAUUCUUGAGUAUAUUGAUGCCCAGUUUGAGAAAUAUCUUGAAGAGGAGCUAAAAAUAAAACGCUCCCUGUUUAACUACCAUGACACGAGGGUCCACGUCUGCCUGUAUUUCAUCACUCCCAACGGACAUUCCCUGAAGUCCCUCGAUCUCGUCACGAUGAAGAAACUGGACAGCAAGGUGAACAUCAUCCCUGUGAUUGCGAAGGCAGACACUGUGUCCAAGAGCGAACUAGAAAAAUUAAAGAUUAAGAUUAUGAGCGAGCUGGUCAGCAAUGGGGUCCAGAUAUAUCAGUUUCCCACAGAAGAUGAGGCUGUUGCAGAGAUCAACUCCUCCAUGAAUACUCUGCUUCCGUUUGCUGUGGUUGGAAGCGUAGACAAUGUUAAAGUAGGAAAUAAGAUGGUGAAAGGAAGGCUGUACCCCUGGGGAUCUGUGGAGGUGGAGAAUGAAAAGCAUUGUGAUUUUGUGAAGCUGAGGGAGAUGCUGCUGCGUGUGAACAUGGAGGAUCUCCGGGAGCAAACGCACGCUCGUCACUAUGAGCUGUACCGUCGCUGCAAGCUGGAAGAGAUGGGCUUCAAGGACACAGGCACUGACAGCCAGUCGUUCAGCCUUCAGGAGACAUACGAAGCCAAGAGGAAGGAGUUUCUUGUGGAGCUGCAGCGCAAAGAAGAAGAAAUGAGACAGAUGUUUGUCAACAAAGUGAAGGAGACUGAAGCAGAGCUGAAAGAGAAAGAAAAAGAGCUUCAUGAGAGGUUUGAGCAGCUCAAGCGGAUGCACCAAGAAGAAAAGAGGAAUCUGGAGGAGAAAAGACGAGAGCUGGAGGAGGAGAUGAACGCUUUCAACAGGAGAAAGGUUGCAGCAGAGACACUGAUGGGACAGGCACUCCAAGGUUGCUCACAACAGCCAUUCAAGAAGGACAAGGAUAAGAAGAAUUGAUUUAUGGAUCAAACAUCCGUGGAAACCAGGAAUGUUUGUGCCAUCAGCAUGGGAAAAAGAGACUUGCAUUUAAUGUGAGGACUGGCUAUGCAUGUAUGUGAAAUGGCCAUGAGCCACAGUGUUCUUACGGAUCAGAAAGGUAGCUUUGUUGAGUGUAUUUAAAAUAGUUUCAUAUGCUGACCAUGCUAAAUCCAUAAUAAUAAAUCCACUGUUUUCAUAACAUGAAACUUGUGUUAUUUUAUGUUCUUGACAAGAAUGUUUGUUCAUCUCGAGCUGUAAAUUUAAGUCUCUGGUUCUCAAUGAGACACUAACAGAGCUUAAUCGAAAAUGAAUAUUGAAUAAUAUUUCUAUGUAUAUAUUAAUAAAUUUAUUUACUAGAUGCUUUGUAAUGUAUAUGACUAUACUGAUUGUCUUUUUAAAAGUUUUUCUCAGGUGAGAUCUUUAAAUUCGUUAAGCAGCAGUCUGUGCAGUGUUAUAAAGAACAUGAUUAAAUAUACUGGCAGUGAGUGUGGAAAUGAACACAUUUACAUUUAAAUAAAGGGUGAUGAUGGGAAAAGGAACAGAGCAUCAGUUUAUGUGUCACCUGAAACCAUUUCCAUUUGAAUGCCUCAAUGCUUUGAGACGUCCAUCACAUCAGCCAUUUGCUCGACUCAAAGCAUUUCAUAUUGUAGCCACUGUCUCUGUGCCAUACCCAAACACACGCGAUAUUUUUGACUUAUUAACAAUGUUAACUGUUAAUUUUUUUUUUUUAUGAACAUGUGCAGUGUUGUUGAAUUUUGUUAAGUGACCUUA